AGAUGCAUUCUUAAUGAGUAACUUAGAGGCAACUGAUGGGAGAAGCCAGAAAUCAGCAGGUAAAAUAAGGUGUGAUUGCAAAAGCGGAGUUUUAAAGAAUUUCAAGUGGGGGGAAAAGUGUUGGCAUUUGUAGGUGUACAGAUAAGUGAAAAGGAGCGAACUUGGACUUUUCUGCAACCAGCUGACCCAAAAAGGCGCAAACAUGUCUCUGGAGGUGAAGGAGAAGACUCAAGUGCGGGUUGUCUUUCUGGGGGCUGCAGGGGUCGGCAAGACGGCUCUGAUCAGACGCUUCCUCCAGGACACCUUCGAGCCGAAACACAGGCGCACCGUGGAGGAGCUGCACAGCAAGGAGUACGACAUCGGAGGGGUCAAAGUCACCGUGGAGAUCCUGGACACCAGCGGCAGCUACUCCUUCCCCGCCAUGCGCAAGCUCUCCAUCCAGAACAGCGACGCCUUCGCCCUGGUGUACGCCGUGAAUGACCCCGAGUCCCUGGAGGCCGUCAAAAGUCUCCGUGACGAGAUCCUGGAGAUCAAGGAGGACAAGUACACGCCGAUCGUGGUGGUGGGGAACAAGGCGGACAGGGAGGAGGAGCGCCAGGUGUCCGCCGACGACGUGCUGGCCACCGUGGAGAUGGACUGGAACAACAGCUACCUGGAGGCGUCCGCCAAGGAGAACUCCAACGUGGUGGAGGUGUUCAAGGAGCUGCUGCAGCAGGUGAACCUCCCCAGCCGCCUGAGCCCGGCGCUCCGCAGGCGCAGGGAGACUUUCCCGAAGGGCACCGACUUUCGGCCACCGAUGAACAAAACCAACAGCUGCAUCCUGUCAUAAUGAGACGGGCAGAGGUUCUGAUCCACAAAGAGACAACCUGGAGAAAGCCCAAUUAAGUUCUGCUGGACAGAGGAAGAAAAAAAAAAGAAGACAAACUCUGGAGACUUCAGUCAUACAAACGUCCAACAGUAACUCUGGACAAAGAGAUGCUUUGACUUAUACCUGAGAGGAGAUGUUAAACUAACUCCAUUUGUUGCUGCCUGUUAGUGACCUGCUGCUGCUGGUGUUUAGCUCAAUUGAUGGGAUUCACAUGUCGAAUAAUGGUGAUAAAAUAUUCAGGCUGCAGCCAGUAGACUGUUUAUACUGGCAGAGUGUUUAAACGGUGUCUGUAAUAUGUUGUGCAUAAGUGUCUGUUUUGUGUAAAUACGUUUUUGUAAUUGAGCAACUGACAUGUAGCACAUCGUGUUUACAAUUUUUAAAUUCAAAAUGUUUUCUAUUGAGAGUUAAGUGAACCGUGGUGAAAUACUGUUAUAAACAUGAAUGCACUUUUCAAAAAAUGUGUUUUUUUUUCUUAAAGUAAGGUACCAUCACAAAUGCUCAUUGUUAAUAAUUAUUAAUGUUGUAGCCAUUUAUUUACAAAUGUACUGUACAAAAAUGUGGAAUAAAAACAUGCUGGAUUA